CCAGAGCCAGAGUACCAGACAGGCUGGCUCGCGAAACACAAAACAAUUUCAGUCGUAUCCCAGCGGCCGAUCGACGCGCGCGUCCCGCUCUCCAAAAAUAAAUCCCCGGUAUCAGUUAUGCAGUGAAUAUUACACACGAUUAAGUGAUACGUAACAAAUACACGCUUUUUAUUCAUAACGUAACGACGGCCUCAAAUCAAGAUGCCGCUUCAAAUACGAGGAAAUCGCUGCACCUCAUUCCUUCGCGGUAACCUCCUGACCCUUCUCACUGUCAUCGGUGUCCUGUCCGGCACAUUGCUGGGCUGGACCCUAAGAGCAUCCGGCUAUGAGUGGACCCGGCGGGACGUCAUGUACUUUCAAUACCCUGGAGAGCUGUUCCUUAGGAUGUUAAAGUGUUUAAUUGUGCCACUUUUGGUCUCCUCAAUCGUAUCUGCGAUUGGGUCUCUGGAUCUCAGCCUAUCUGGCAAGGUCGGUCUCCGAGCCAUUAUCUACUACAUGACGACGACGGUAUGCGCAGUCAUGUUGGGAAUCGCUCUAGUCACCACAAUCAAGCCCGGAAAGCUGUCCUCCGACACCUUCGCCACCAACACAACCAGCAUGAAGAUCACGAAAGAUACCCUAACAUCGGACACCCUGCUGGAUUUAAUAAGGAACGUGUUCCCGGAGAACAUAGUGCAGGCCACGAUAGCGUCGUACAGGACGCGGCUGGUCUACGAUCCGGACGACAACAGAACUGUUAAAGGUCACCUAGAGACGUAUAAAAUCGAAGGCAGUUACCAGAGCGGGAGUAAUGUGUUGGGGUUGGUGGCUUUUAGUGUGGUGCUUGGAAUCACCCUCGGCAAAAUGGGGGAGCAGAGUCGACCGCUGCAAAACUUCUUCCACUCACUCUCCGAAGCGAUGAUGAUUAUCACUGGAUGGGUUAUUUGGUUAUCACCACUUGGAGUAUUCUUCUUAGUAACAGCGAAGAUUAUGGAGAUAGAUUCAUUUGCGGAGCUGGUCGGUCGACUGGGAUUGUACUUUAUGACGGUGCUUCUGGGGCUUUUCCUCCACGGCUUCGGUACUCUUAGCGUCCUCUUCGUACUGGCCACUAAGAAGCUGCCGUGCAAAUAUAUAGCCAAGAUGGGACAGGUUAUGGCCACUGCAUUUGGUACUGCGUCCAGUUCAGCGACAAUGCCAAUCACGAUCGGAUGCUGCGACGACAUGGGUUUGGACCCUCGUAUCACAAGGUUCGUGAUUCCCAUCGGAGCCACCAUCAACAUGGACGGAACAGCGCUGUACGAAGCCGUGGCAGCCAUCUUUAUUGCUCAGUUGAGGCGGGUUGACAUGUCAUUCGGAAAAAUUGUUGCAGUGAGUGUGACAGCGACAGCAGCUAGUAUAGGUGCGGCGGGCAUCCCGCAGGCGGGGCUGGUUACCAUGGUGAUGGUGCUGGACACCGUCAACCUGCCCGCUGAGGACGUCUCCAUUAUCCUCGCGGUCGACUGGUUGCUUGAUCGAUUUCGCACCACCAUCAACGUGGUCUGCGACGCUCUGGGCGCCAUCAUUGUGGCGUCGCUCUCACAAGGGGACAUAGAAAAGUCUCGCGCCCUACACAACGACCGGGAAAACGCCACUACCCACGAACUCACCGAAUUAGAGAAGGGAGAGCGUUGAACGAAUUUAUAACGGUAUUUAUACCAGUUAUUUGUAACGGUUACGUUCUGUGUUCAAUAACGUUACUCCGUGUCAGGACUAUAAAUAGAAAAAAAAUUGUUGUGAUUAAUUUAUUGCGUUGUUCUUGUUACAUUUUUCUUAGUUUCUGAAGGCUUAUUAUCAAAUUUUAAUUGGAGAACUAAACUUGAAUGCUUUAAGUUAAAAUACGUUCAAACUGAUUUCAUGCAGUCGUCAUUCAGCACACUCAGUUUUUAAAUUUUCUUUCUACCAAUAAUGCUGCAAAUUUUUGUUCGAAAAGUAAAUUCCGAGUGACGUUUGAAGGGAAACCCAAUUAUAUCAGAAUUUUCAGAUAACAAUUGAUAAUAGGCCUAUUGUUCGGAGUUAUGACGUUGUUUGUUAACUAUUUACUCAUUUAUCAGUAUUGUUUUCUUGUUAUUUUAAUUAUUCAACUUUAUAAAGUAACUAAACAAUGUUAAAUGCAUACCAAUGGUAUGAUAUCACUGUGUGUUACCAUAUCAAAUUAUACAUAUGGAAAUAAAUUGAAGAAAUGUGUACAUGAGUGUUAAUAAGUGUAUGUGUUUAAAUAUUAAUUAAGUUUUUCCAAUAUGUACGUACCAUUGUAAUAGUUAAAAGUUGUGUUCGCAAUGUGCCAUUUAUAAAAUAAAAUUAAAACGCAUUUUAGUAAUUGAAAUUCGUGACAUCGUACUUAAAAACUAUUUCACGAUUUCUCAAAAUAGUUUAUUUAUUUGCUGUUAACUGUUUUGCGAUAUCGUGAAACGGGUUUUGAAGAAAUCGACUUCACUGUCGGAUUACCAAAUAAAAAAAAUACAUUUUUGGACCACUUACGAGUAGAUAUACUAUUGUGUUAAAGUCUCGUAAAUAUAAAAUAUAUUAAAAAUACAUCUGUAUUUAGUAGACAAUAUUAGUCGUAUUAUCUUACAAAGUAAAGAGCCUUCUGAAAUAUUAUAUCGAUUUGAAACGUAUAUAAAAUCUGAUAAAGAAACCAAUCAGCUAUUUUUGUAUGAAUGUAUUGCGAUUUGUGAUCCUCUACAACCGUGAAUUGUAUGUAGUUCAUUGUUAUUCUAGGAACUAUAUGUUAUAAUAUUUUACGGGUCACACUAUAUUCACCUUAUAAUAAUAUAACAUAAUAUUAACAUAAAUAAGACGUUAAUUGAACAAUCUGUUAAAGAACAGUUAAGCAAUUCGUGGCAAAAAAGACUUGAAUAUAAUGAUAAAUUAGCCGAUGCGCACUUUAGCGAAAAAAUGUAAUAAGUAUGUUGGUGUGGCCCGAUAUAAAAAAUAAAUGUGUCAUAAAUUAAGCGUGUGUUAAAUAGUCUUUUAAUGUUGAGUCAUAUUGCCACUGCAUUCCAAUUAGCUAUUUAUCUAUUUAUUUAUUUUACUAUAAAUACUAAUAUCACUUUCUUAGUAUCAUUUUUGAAAAUUUAAUAAGUUAUCAAUCGUUAUGAACGAUUUAAAAAUUGUAUAGAACAUAUUAAUUUUUUUACUUUAUUGAAAAAAGAGAAGGGGAAUAUAAAAAUACAUAGUAUAUCAUAAAUUCUUUAUUUUUCGUAAAAUGACCUUUUCAAAAUGGCCAUAAACUAGUUUUAAGAUAAAUAUUUAAUGUAAAAAAAGAGAAUGGAGCUCUAUUUCGAGAUUUUAUUAUAUGAUGUUUAUUAUCAAUUAUUGUUGUAAUGUAUAGUAAUUAGAUAUUUUUAGUACCGUGACACUUAUUAUUUAUUUAUAAAAAAACUUUUAGAAUAAUACUUUUUCAUUACCUAUUUCUGUGUAAGAUACCUAUCCAUAUUAUGAAUUAUUAUUUUUUGUUAUUCGAACUUCCUUAAGUUAGGACUAAAUUUUUCUGUUUUAUCUUUGAUAAAAAUCAUAAAUAAUAGAUUUUAUAUAGAUAACUGCAAUAUUUAUACUUCACUUUUAUGUUAUAUAAUAUAUCACUAUAGUUGUGAGUGAUAUAUUUUAAACUACUAUAACCUAGACUUUCUAAUAGUCCAGUAUAAUAUCCUGAUAAAAUAAACGUGAGUUUCAACUGGUUAUAGUAGUUUAUAAUUUUACUGUAGCUCGUGUUCGAUUCUUUUUGAAAUGUUAUUUUAAUAAAUACUUACUUAUUGUA